AGCUGGACCAAAAUUUAUGUAGAAGAAAAACAAAAAGAAAUGAAAGAAAAAGAAGAUUGGUGUCUUCAAAUGUCCUCCAACCAAACCCACCUCACAGAAACCUCUAAAAAUAUGAUGCCAGAAAUACCCUUCUGCAACCCCCAAAAAAAUCCCAUCUUCAUCACUGUCUCAACUCUCAAAAGAAACAUAUUUUUUCACCCAGCUAUGUGGGCUUCUUUGGGUUUUUCCUUUGUCUUGGUCAGAGUUUUUCACAGAGAAAACAGGAAAGCGAGAACCUUCCUGUCCUCUCUCUUUCGUGUUCAUUUCUCUCCUUCUCUCUCUACACUUAUUCUUUCCUUUUACUAUUUCUUCCACAUAUCUCUUUCUUCAUCGUCAUCGAAUACUUUUCCUCUCUUCUGUCUCCCCUUUGUUUCCCCUUGAUUGGGUUCUUGUGUUAUUGCUUUUCUCUGUGAUUUGAAGAUGAUGAAGGUGAAAGGGGUUGCUUCUGUUGCUGUUCCCAUGGAGUUUUCUCCAUAUGUUAUGUAUGAGGAGCAAAGGAAUAGAUUUAAGCACCAGAGUCUUUUGCAAGACUUUGCAGAGUUACAGAAGGAAACUGAGACCUCAAGAAAGAAGUUGCAUAUGAUGAAAGAGAGAAAAUUGACACUAUUAGCUGAAGUCAGGUUUCUGAAACGGAGAUACCAUUUCUUGAUGGAAAACAAGUCUUCAAACCCCUUGAUGGAGAGAAAUCUUGUGCAACAAAAGAAUUUAGGGAUCAGAAGUAAAUCAAUUGUGAAGGGAAAAAGUAAUGGCAGAAAGCAACCUGCCACAAAGCGCAUGGUUCCGAUAUUGGAUUCGAACCAAAAGGGAAAGACUUACCAUGAAAAAGAGGCCACUCUCCAAUACCCACCUCCAUUAUUUGACUUGAACCAGAUGCAACAGAAGACUAACAGCGUAAAGGAAGUUCCUUUGCAAAGUACUGUGCCUGUUCUUGAUUUAAACAAGAAGGAAAGAGUUUACAGUGGGAAGGAAGCCAAGGAAGCCAUCGCACAAACCAUGACACCAGUUUUUGACUUAAACCAGAUUUCGAUGGAGGAGGAAGAAUUACAGGCAAAUGACGAUCCAUUAAGAGUAGAGGAGCUCAAGAAGAGUUCCAUUAGAAGUGGAAGCGAUGAGCAGCACAAUGAUAUGAAACUGUCAGUCUGUAGGAGUACUGGAAAUGUGCCAAAUCGAGUCGGGAAGAGGAAGAUCACUUGGCAAGAUCAGGUGGCUUUGAGGGUUUGAGUUUUUUCAAUUGUAGUGGAAGUUCUUAGUUUGGCAACGUUGGCAAGCUUGCCUUGCCUGGCCUUGCAUUCCAAUUUCAACUUGGUUUCUUCUAUUGUAAAAAAGAAAAAUAAUUGCUUAUAUGAAAUUUAUAUAGAUGAAAUAUCAAGAAUUGUUGCGAAGGAAUCAGAUCAGUCUCACAAUUAGAUUCUCUUUACUGUUUAAUAAAAUGCUUUGGUAGGA